CACGAGCACACCUCCUACCCACAGCACAGGUAGACAGAGAGAAAGAGAGACAAGGUUCAGGAGAGUAGAGAGCACAGAAAGAGAAGAUGGGGAGAGCACCCUGCUGCGACAAGGCGACGGUGAAGAAGGGGCCAUGGUCGCCGGAGGAGGACGCGAUGCUCAAGAACUACAUCGAGGAGCAUGGCACCGGGGGCAACUGGAUUGCGCUGCCACACAAGAUAGGGCUGAAGAGGUGUGGCAAGAGCUGCAGGCUGAGGUGGCUCAACUACCUGAGGCCAAACAUCAAGCAUGGGGACUUCACCCCAGAGGAGGACAGCAUCAUCUGCAGCCUCUACAUUAGCAUAGGGAGCAGGUGGUCAAUAAUUGCCGCGCAGCUGCCGGGGAGGACUGACAACGAUGUCAAGAACUACUGGAACACCAAGCUGAAGAAGAGGCUCCUCGGCCGGCGCAAGGACCGCGACGCGCACCACCGCCAGAGCGCCGCCGCCACCACGAGCGAGACGUCCACCGAGAACAUGAACGACGCCGGCGAGCGGGCGCUGAGUGCGUCGGCGAUGGAGAGGAUCCAGCUCUGCAUGCAGCUGCAGGAGCUGCAGAACCCUCUCGGCGCCGCCCACCACAACCCCUUGGUGUGGCCUGGCUGCAGCAGGGCCGCCACCCUGAGCAACAACAGCUUCAACAGCAACAGAAGCACGGUGACACUGGCCGAGCAAGGGCAGUCCAUCUCCAUGAACGAGCACCUGAUGAGUACGCAGCCGGAGGGCGGCGCCGCCAUGGACGGCGGCCUCGGCUCGCCGUCGAGCGCGGAGAACUCGAACGUGAUCAGCAUGGAGGCCGAGCUUGAAGAACUGCUCUACGGCGAGGGGAACCGAUCAGGGAAGGCCGGCGCGGUCGACGGCGGCGUGCAGCAAGGGGACGUGGACUGGUGGAGCUACGACCAGGGGAAGUCGCCUGUGGGUUGCUGGGACUUCGCCCCUGAAGCAACGAACGCGGUGUUCCAGGACUACACAUCUGUUUAUGACAUCUGAAGCGUGGAGUGAAGAAGCAGCUGUGAAUUUUAAGGUAGAGAGGUGAUAGGAGUUGUCUAGAGUUGGCUCUGGAUUUGUGACGUCUACAUAAAUCUUGUAAGGAAUUCGUAGUAAGAUGUAAGGUAUAAAAUAAAUGCAUGUAAAAAAUGCCAGGUUCUAAGAAAUGCUGCUAUGGCAUCUUUCUGUCAAAGAAGAGAUAAAGGAACCUGCAGUGAUGUUGAUCGAAGAAAGUUGGCAAAAUUGUUUAGGUUGCUUUUAUUAGAUAAA